AUGCGCCCUGCUUUGCAACGACUCAUCUCUAGAGAUUCAUCAUUGAAUCACCUUCGAUAUCUAGUACGCGCAACGGAUACACCGCCAUCAACCAACAUUAAAUAUGAUUGUAUUGGUAGAAAAUGCAAUCGAAAUUAUCCAAGUCACGGCGUUAUAUCAGGAGCUGCGAACCAGCACGACACACAAUCCGAUAGCGAUAGUCCAAAUCCUGCGCAACUUGUUAUACGCCAUGUCAAUUCAAAUAUUUCCUUAAAUGGCUCCCGCACAGUUGUGUCUAAUCCCGAUACGGAGUCGAUGACGACCAAAGAAUAUAAAAUAUGGAAAGAUUACUUUACACCUGACGAACUCGAAUAUGAAUCGCGCGUAUCCAAAACGAUCUCCGCAGACGCAGCACGGUUAGUCGAUAAUCCAAUUUAUGAGAAAGACAUGGAAUUGUGGGCGGUGCUCCUGGUAUAUAGGCGACGAAGAUAUGGUGUUGAGGGCGUGAGGAUGUUUUGGGAAGCGAUGCGUACCAGAAGUAUACAUUUGCCGGUCGAAGGUUUGGCAUCUUGGACAAUGUGGAGAGCCUUUGUUGAUUUGGGUCUUCAAGAUCAGGUCGUUCUCGAAAGUAUCAUCCAAUAUGCAGAUGACCUGCUGCAAGAAACCGGCCAGCGCUGGAAUGGGCUUUACAUGAAGCUUAUGUAUCAUCUCCUAAUGAAUGAUAGAGGUGCUGAAGCAUUCCAAUGGCAUCGAAGACUAAUGGUGCGUCAUCCGCCUCACGGUAGAGCGUUUGAGAAGUUAUGUUUCCACGUGAUUACUCUCAAAGGAGAUGUCGAAGCUCUACGGAAGAUUUAUGAAGCAAGUAGAUUCCAUGUCUCAUACUCUAGCAUCAUAGUACCAUUCUAUCGUCAAGAAGAAUACGCAUCUGCAUACAAAUGGCACUUUUCCCUUUUUCAGAAGAAAGACUUUCCAAAAUCUGCAAGACCUACCGAGGAAUUGAUUCGACUUUUGACAAAAUUUGGAAGCCCGUUGGCUCACAGGGUCGCCCGCAGCUUAGUACUUAUAGGCAUGUCUUUACCCCCCGAUCUAGAGAACGAGCUCAAAGAGUCUCGACGUAUAUCCAGAGAGAUGAUGAAUCUCGUUCAUGGUAAGGUCUUUAAAAUCGAGCCUAAGGAGUAUGACGAUGAAUUAGGAGCUCGAUGGCUUGCUACAUCAUGGGUGCCAUUAGAUAUAUCCAUAAAAUCCAUCCACGCACUUGGAGUAAGAGAAAUUGGACCCCUGUCAUUUCAGUCUAUUGCUCUGCGAGAUCCGAAUAGUAAAGCCAUUGUCAAGAGGCUUGAUCAGCUCGCAGAACUUGGCAUAUCUCCCGGUCAAUCGAAGUUUGUUAAGGCCGUGGAAACUUUUGCGAGAGAAGAGAAUCACGAAUUUCUAAAAGCAUUGUUGAAUAGCGACCAGCAUCCUGCGGCACUUGACGAUUGGAUACUCCAGGAGAAGCUCCUGGCUUCUUUUGCUGCUAGAGAACAACUGACCGAAUUUAGGCGAACCAUGGCCAUACGAUUAGUUGGGAGUAGAACUCCUGAUUUCGAUAUUUACAACAUACAUCUGAGGAUCUGCGUCAUCAGACAUCAAUGGGAAGCUGUGCUCAAGACAUUAUCUGACAUGCGGAUGAAUCGUGUACCGGCGAAGCCGGGUUCCAUAUCCUGUAUCUUAAGACAAUUAUUGCGGCCACGUCGACGCGGUCGGCGACCUGCGACGGAUCCCAGACACAACAAUGUCGAUGAUUUGACUAUGGCAAUCAAAAUUCUCACAGGAAUCAUGACAUCUGGUUCAUCAGUUCCAGUACGUCAUUGGUCCGAAAUCAUUAGAAGACUUGGGAUGCUCGGCCGUGAGAAAGACUUACACAGUUUGUGCAUGUUUUUAGCUUCCUGGUAUGGCUCAAAAAAUCACGAUCUUCUACCUGGUGCAAACUACCUGCGAAUUCGAGAUCGCACACAGGUUCCAGAUGAUCUCAUUCCCACAUGGCACCAUCAACAUCCUCUUAGGUGUCUCUUCCCACCCAGUCUGCAAAGAGCCAUUGUGGAAUGGGGUUUCCAACGAGCAUUAGUCAGCCCGACGCCAAGUGUUCUGGGUCUUGCACGUGUGAAUAAGAAAAUAACAUACAACAUCACGAAUGGUAUUGUACUUUUGCGAGAACUCUAUCAAAUGGGUGUGGAGAUUCAGCCGGAUACGAUCAGGAGAGCAAUUGUUGAUCGCUUGGUCAUUCUAUAUGGACCAGGAAGGUCCACUGUUAAAGCGAAUCGACAAGCGCGAAUUCUGAAUCCUCUGAGUUUGGAAGAGAUUCUAGCUGAAAUCGAUGAUUGUCUUCCAGGGACAAAAAUGUUUCCUUAUCCAGAUGCGGCAAAAUAUAUUCAGCACCGAGCCAAUAUCAGAUUUCUGAGAGUUAGACGUUGGCGCAUGAAGCGAGAUGCCAGACGGCGAUUGACAGGGAAAUGA